GCCCGCCUGCCCUGUAAAUUAGAGAGAAACUAAAAAGGAAAAGGAUCAACAAGACCUUGUGCAAUGCCCAUCCGAACCCAGAGGUAUCAUGUCUCCCAGUAAGAAUGAUGCUUGAUAAACCCAGAAAACAGAAACGAAAAUCAAAACCAAAAAAACCCGAGCCGACUCAACCAAACACAUCCCAUUCCUCCCCACGUUGUGCUUCACUGACUGUUGGCAAGCCUCCGGCCACCCGUGUAAUCGAAAAUACCUGUCAACGCCGUCGCCCACCGAAAUCCUUGACCGCCCCCCAACGCGCUUGGAUGCAACAAAGAGACCAUGACCGCGCGAAUGCUGAAAACAGAGCAAGAACUUGAAAUAAGAAGAUGAGCGCAGUAGGAUCAGAAUAGAGA